AUGUUAAGAUUUUUCAUUUUUUCCUUUUUGGUGCUUGCUACAGCCACUGCUGAUCAAGUAAGUGGAAUUUUCACAUCGUUUGAUUCUUUGGUGUGGCAGAAGGCUGCUAAUUACCCCUUUGCCGGCCCAGCAUACCCCAGUUGGAUAUCCACAUUAUCUUGGGCUAUCAAAGGAACUGACGUCCUGCCUGGUGAUACCUUCACUUUAACAUUGCCUUGUGUUUUUAAAUUUACUACUAGUCAAACUACGGUUAGUUUAAGUGUGGGUCUGACAAACUAUGCUACUUGUACGUUCAACCCAGGUGAUGUUGUUGUUGCUUUUUCCCAAUUACAAUGUGUGGUUCUGGAUUCAGUUACACCUCUGACCGAUGCCCAUGGAACUAUAAACUUUCCUGUUGCUUUUAAUGUGGGUGGGUCAGCUUUGAGUACAGAUUUACAAGACUCAACUUGCUUUGCUGAUGGUACUAAUACAGUGUCUUAUUAUGACGGAGAUAAUAAACUUUCUACACUGGUUCAAUUCACUGGUGGUUACAAUGGAUCCCCAAGUCAAAUCAUCUAUACCAAUCGUGUUGUGCCUUCGUUGAACAAACAACAACAUAUGGUUAUUGCUGGUGAUUGCCCUGCUGGUUAUAGAUCUGGGUCUUUAGGUAUUCAAAUAGCUAAUCUGGGACCUAAAAUUGAUUGCUCAUCUAUUCAUAUAGCCAUAACCAAUGCUUUAAAUGCAUGGUAUUUACCUGAAAAUGCAGACACUGACUUUAGUUAUACAUAUUCAUGUUCUACUACAUCAUUUACGAUCAACUAUCAAAAUAUUCCUGCUGGAUACAGACCUUUUAUCGAUACACUUGUUUCAGUUGCUACAGGUUCAAGUAUAACAACCACAUAUGUUAAUAAUUAUGUCUGUGCUAAUAGCAUUUUGACUACAAACAACGGUAAGACAGUUAGCUGGGGAAACUAUGAUAAUAAUGUUGUUGGAGGAAACGGUCAAGCAGUAGAAGUUGUUACACAUACAUAUACUGGUCUGACUACUCAAGUUUCUACUAUGCCAUUUGAUUCCACCAAAGAUCAGACAAAAACAAUUGUGGUCGAUGUUCCAGUUCCAACUACAACUGUUACCUCAACCUAUAUUGGUGUAUCAACUUCUUUUACUACUCACUCAGCUUCACCAGGAUCUACAGCAACAGUCAUUGAGUACGACCCAGUUCAUACUACUAUAACAGUCUCUACAUGUUCUCCCCAGUCAGGUUCAUCCAUAACAUUUGUUCGCCGUGCUGAACCUGGUGCUACAGACACCGUAUAUGUAUACACAGGUGAAUGUCCUGUCACACAUACUGAAGUUGAAACAACUACUGAAGCUACUACUGAAUCUACUACU